GGAAAAAAAUAAAAGAAAAUGAACGUGGAGGGUUAAUCGAGAUGACAAACUCGGUGGCAAAGGAGGAGUAGCAUAGCAGUGGGUAGUAAAAGCAAAGAAGGGGAAUGGAGGUUGCAAGACCCAAACUCAAGCCCUUCUCUCUUGUUUCUCAAAAUUCAUGCCCAUAGCUCCUCCUCAAUCCGAUCCCCCUUUUUCCUUUUUUCAUGAAGAUUCUGAUUCUGAUUCAGAUUCAGAUUUCGGGUUAGCCAAGGGGAGAGCUCAGAUUUGGGAUUCUGCGGGCAUGGACGGUGUAGCAGAGGCAGGCCGCGAGGCCACCAGAAAGAGAGGGGUUGACAAUCAGAGGCCCUACAAAGGGAUAAGGAUGAGGAAGUGGGGGAAGUGGGUGGCUGAGAUUAGAGAGCCCAAUAAGCGCUCUAGGAUUUGGCUCGGCUCUUACUCUUCUCCUGUCGCCGCCGCUAGGGCUUACGAUACGGCAGUCUUUUACCUCAGAGGUCCCUCCGCCAGACUUAAUUUCCCCGAGUUGUUGGCCGGGGAAGGCCGCGGAAUGAGCGGCGGUUGUGGCGGGGACAUGUCGGCGGCUUCCAUUCGGAAGAAAGCGACGGAGGUGGGAGCUCGAGUGGAUGCUCUGGAGAGUUCGGUAGGUGAUCACCAAAGGCAACACCAGCAUCGGAGCCAUGUGCGACAGGCAUCGGCGUGUCCGGCAGAGAGUAAAGGGUACGGCGGGUAUUUGGAUCGGGUGGAUUUGAACAAAUUACCCGACCCGGAAGAAGAAAUUGAAGAAGCGGAUAGGGAGAGAGUGAAAGGGAAGAGAAUUUUGUGUGAUUGAGGCGCCAACACGCGCCGCCGAGGUAUGCUGCGUUUUGUGGUCUCAUGAUUUGGCUGUCUCUGUCUCUCUGUCUCUGUCUNUCUGUCUCUUUCUCUGCGUUAGGGUUUAUUUAUUUGUUUUAGCAAAAAGAAAUUUUGGCGGAUGUAGAAAUAUUAUGAAAGAAUGUACAUUAAGUUAGGAACUCAGUUAUGAUGAAUGAUGGAAUUCAAUUUCUUCCUUUGUUGACAAA